AUGAAUCGUCCAGAGGAUCAUCUCCAGGCCUGUACCUUAGUCAAGCAGACUUCUAUGGACCGGGCCUCCAGUCCAUUUCCUUUCGAACCUUUGAAUCAGGUGAUGGGAUCUGUCGACGCCAGACAUCUUUUAUCUUCUAUCCCGAUCCCACCGACCACAGGUGUGGUUUCUUCCAUUACUGCUACUACCAAUACUGACGUCAAUAGCAAAAUCUCUCAACAAUUAAUUAUUCGUUUGCCUUGGCGAUCAACUAUUUUGCAUUCUCCUUUAGACAGGGAUUGUGGAUGUUUCUGUUCCUAUUAUCAUUGCUGCUGCUCUUCUUUUUCCCCAAAUUCGCCUGGAGUUGAAGGGGUGGAUCAGUUUGAGACUAAAAGAGAUGAGGAAUGUUUAGCUAAUACAACUUUGGAGUCGUCUGAGCCUAAUGAAUCUGAAGCUGUCAAUUAUUGUAAAUGUGGGCGGAUUGCUCGGAGGCAAAUAAGAGCUCUUCAGCUCCAGGUCGCAAACCUGGAAGCUCAACUGGCUGAGGCGCUCGUUAGGUACCAAUUAGAGCGUAAGCGGCGACUUAUGGAAAAAGCUGUGAGUUUACUGACGUUUAAGGAUAUCUUUAUUGAUUUAUUUUACUAUCCUUGUGUUUAA